AGUUUAACUGAUACUUUAUUAAAACUCUGCGAUGAAAAACACAUUUUAAAAGAAACUUUUGUUAGAAAUAGAAACCGGAGAAUAAACAUGUUUAGCUAUAAUGGCUAUACCAAAUGUAAUAAAAGGUUUAAUGAACAGGGGGAGGUGGUUACAUUUUUAAUAGUCGCUACUUUCGGCACAGCUUGUCGCAUAUUUUCCUAAUAAUGGGAAUUCAUUUUUUUUUUCCUACAGCCAGUGAACCUAGCAAAGUUUAACAAGGCCCAGUACCUAAAAGUCAUUUGUUUUCGCUGAAUCGGACUGACUGGAUUGGACGGCCAGGGGUUCCGCCCACAAACACAAAAGGUGGAGUUGAAGAAAAAAAAAACACAGUGGGCCAAAAUGAAGCUGUCAAACAGCCGCUUCCAAUUCAGUAAAAUAGGUUUGGAGCUGGUGGAAACCGCUUGAGCCAAACCGACUAAUUACAAGUUGAAUUAAAAUUGUGUUUUAUGAUUAUUAUUUUAUUUUAAAUAGUUAUAUUAAAGAACCAUAGUUGGAACUUUGCCUUUUGAUGGUCUGCUAAAAUACCCACGGUGCAAAUUUCGGCUCGGAAAUGUAACCAGGACGGCUUCGGGGAGCACAAAUAAUUGUGCCCGGUUGUAUUCAAAAAUCAACGUUGCGCCACCGCAAAACAUAGAGUUGAGUCGGCGUAGCGAAAUGGUUGGAUGGAGAGGGAAAAGCUGCUGCGCGUUGAGUGGAGGGAGACUGCGAGUGAGAUGGAGGCGGGGGGAAGGACCGUCUCUGCGGGGACUGGAGCCUUGCAUCGACGGCGCAGUGCUGGCUAUAGUUCAACCCUCCCCUUCUUCCUCCACAGCAACACUAAGGCUCGCAACGAGACGGGUAAGGCACCACAAAACUAGGUCGGUUUCAUAGCUAUUCUGCAAAGAAACGUGUAAAAAAGGCAGGAAAAAAAUACUAAAACUUUACAAAUAAAUAGGUUUUGAAUGAGUUGUCCUUUAAAACCUCCUCGCACGGUAGUCUCUUUGUAGCAUCGAAACAGACCGACCGUUGUGGAAGGGUAAGACCGAGGUCGGCCAUACCCGAAUUACUUAUCCCGAACAGCGGGGAAGAACGUUGCUGCAAGACCCGAAGGUAUGUUUCACUUUUGCCGAAUUUUUUACCCGAGGACCACCUUAGACAAAAUACAUUAAUCGAAACUGAGCCAUUUGUGAUGUAAUGUUGUUUGCGUGGGGGAAUGAGCGGUGGUUUCCGCGCCGAUACCUCCAUGCGGCUGUUGGCGGAACAACUAGCCGCCUCUCUCGGCCAGCCAUCAGGGAUCUCGGUUUAAUAUCUCACCGUACAGUGACUCGCCCUCCCUCUCCCCCUCACUCUCUCACCGACUGUAGCCCAGAACUACCAGCGACGACCGAGCUCAAAGAACCCGCCUUCUCGUCCUCGCUUAUGCGCUUUUCGGAUGUAGGGAAGGGAGUCUGCAACGCCCCGGCUUUAGCUCUGAGCUCCGUUGUCUGUGUUUGCAGUGCGCCAUUGGACCUUGUCACGAUUCAAGUCAGUAUAAUCAUCAAUGAAUGGAGAAAUGGAGGCGGCGGCCCAGGACCAAGUGUGGGUACAGGAUGACCUCCUAAAAUUGCUAGAGGCCAUGAAAGUGGCUCUGCCUCAGAAGGAUCUGACAAAAUACAAGACCUCUGAGUCCCACCUUGACUGGCAGAAGGUAGCCUUCAACUCCUACACAGCAGAGAUGUGCAAGCAGAAAUGGCAGGAAAUCUCUAAAGAGAUUCGUAAAUUCAGAACUCUAACCGAGCUGAUAGUUGAUGCCCAGGACUACAUCAAGAACCCUUACAAAGGCAAGAAAUUAAAGAAACAUCCAGAUUUCCCCAAGAAGCCGUUGACUCCGUAUUUCCGUUUCUUCAUGGAAAAGAGGGCCAAGUAUGCAAAGUUGCAUCCAGAAAUGAGCAACUUGGACCUUACUAAGAUCCUCUCCAAGAAGUACAGGGAGCUUCCUGAGAAAAAAAAGAAAAAGUAUGUUGAGGAUUUCUUGCGUGAAAAGGAAACAUUUGUGCAAAGUAUGAUGAAAUUCAGGGAAGAACAUCCAGACCUCAUGGAGAGCAUGACCAAAAAAGGUUCAAAUGUCCCAGAAAAGGCCAAGACGCCCCAACAGCUGUGGUACAACCAUGAAAAGAAGGCGUUCCUCAAGACACGCCCUGAUGCAACCACCAAAGACAUCAAGGACAGUCUUGGUAAACAGUGGACGCAACUGUCCGACAAAAAGAGGCUCAAAUGGAUUGGCAAGUCCCUGGAGCAGCAUAAACUGUACGAGGAAGUGAUGCGGGAAUACAUUCAACAGCACCCAGAGCUGAACAUGACUCAGGGAGACAUUGUAAAGUCCACCCUGACCAAGGCGGAGCGACACCUUAAAGACAAGUCCGACGGCCGGCCUGACAAACCCCCUCCAAACGGUUACUCAAUGUUCUGCGCCGAGCUGAUGUCAAGCAUGAAGGACGUUCCGAGCACAGAGCGUAUGGUGAUGUGCAGCCAAAGGUGGAAGCUCCUGAAGCAGAAUGAAAAGGAUGCCUACCAGAAGCGCUGCGAACAGAGAAAGAAAGAGUAUGAAAUUGAGAUGAACCGAUUUCUCAGUACUUUGUCAGAGAAGGAGCAGCAGCGGGUUUUGGGGGAAGAUAAAAUUGGCUUUAAAAAGAACAGUGCAGCCAGCAGCCCUGCCUCUAAAAAGAAAAAUGCUAAAACAAAGGCAAGUACAGAGAAACCCAAGAGGCCCAUCUCUGCCAUGUUCAUAUUCGCUGAGGAGAAACGACCCAAGCUGCAGCAGGAGCGACCGGACCUCCCUGACAGUGAGCUUACAAGACUCCUGGCUCGCAUGUGGAACGAGCUGCCUGAUAAGAAGAAGGAGAAGUAUAAACGUCUGGAGACUCUUCUGAAAGCAGAGUCUGAGAAGAAGGAGAAGGAGGAUAGGAGUCGUCUGCCGGAUCCGCCCAAAACAGCCCAAGAAAUCUGGCAGCAGAGUGUUAUAGGGGACUACCUUGCCAGGUUUAAGAAUGAUCGACCAAAAGCACAUAAAGCAAUGGAAACAGCAUGGAGCACCAUGGAGAAAAAGGAGAAGAUUAUGUGGAUCAAAAAGGCUGCAGAAGACCAGAAACGAUAUGAAAGAGAUCUGUGUGAGAUGCGAUCUCCUGCUAAUGUAGUUACUACUGUGAAGAAGAUGAAGUUUGAAGGGGAACCCAAGAAGCCGCCGUCAAACGGAUACCAGAAGUUCUCCCAGGAGAUGCUGUCUAACGGGGAGCUGAAUCACCUCCCCAUGAAAGAGCGGAUGGCUGAGAUUGGCAGCCGGUGGCAGAGGCUGCCACUGAAGGACAAGGACCGCUACAAGAAGAUCGCUGAGGAGAAGCAGAGGCAGUACAAAGUCCUCCUGGAACAAUGGCUUGCUAGCUUGUCUUCACAAGAGAGAAAUACUUACAGAGAGUACAAUUCACAAAAAAGAAGAAAUCCAGCAAAACCUGGAGGUGCAAAGGCAAAGCUUAAAAAAUCUGACACGGAGGAGGAUGAAGACGACGAUGAUGAGGAUGAAGAAGAUGAGCAGGAGAAGGCUUCCUCUGGAGCAGACUCAUCCAGCGAGGAGGACGAUGAAGAUGAGGAUGAUAACGAGGAUGACGAUGAUGACGAGGUGGAUGACAAAGAAAACAAGUCAGAUGAUGACAGCAGCAGCGAGUCUAACUCUGCUGAAUCGUCUGAAUCGGAUUCGGACUGAAACGGCCGAAGUCAUCCAGAGAUGAACUAAGCAGCGCUGAGCUGAGCCAAGAGUCCAGGGAGCUCUGCCACUGUGCCAACCCUGCUCUCCUCCCACUGGAGGGAGCUACCAUCCUCUACAUCGCUUCAUCCAUCCCACACCCAGUUUCUGUUGCUGCUGUGGUAAAAAGUACUCAAGAAGGCACCCUGGCUCUGAAAUCAGUCCAAUUCCCUCCUGGGUGUGACGGUCACCUCGCAGCUGACGUUGUACCAAAAACAGCAUCCCACUGGUUUGGUGAUGUCGUGAACAUUUCUCUGAGUUCGGUUGUAUGAUUUUUUUUUUCACAGGCUCUAUAGUAAAGGUUAGAGGUAAACGUGUCAGGUUAUCAGUUUCCCUCCAGUGUUUUUGAUUUUUCUGAGGAGGAAGUGGUGAACAGGCUUCAGAGCCAAAGAACAUAGUUUGGUGGAUCACUUCAGGAAGAGGGGGGGCAGAGAGCAUGUGCAGGGCACUGAAAAAUUGCAUUCUUUAGAAUGUCUUCUUUAAUUUUUUCUCUAUAGGGCAUUGUUGCUUUGUCCUGUAUUUUCAAUUGAUGUAGAUUUUCUGAUUUAAUUCUUACAAAGGUGGUAUUUUUUUCAGGAGUAAAAAGCAGAGUCAAGCCAUUGUGUGUUUUUGUUGUUGGAAGUCUUUUCAGAUGUCUUCAUUUACCCCUUGUUCUCACUGGGCAUUCUCUUUCAGUAGAUUUAGCGCGUUUUGGUCAUUUCACAGUGAAUCAAAGUGGGUUUACAGCCGGGAUCCAGCUUAUUCAUACCCCUGGAAGAUUUACAAUUUAAAAGUAUGUUCAUACAGUCGUGAAGUUUUAUUUUGAUUGGAACUGACACAGGUAAUAAGAACAAUGUAGAACGGGUGCCAUAUUUGGGGGG